CGUUUGUUUAGUUAGUCAGCCCCAUGAGCUGGGCAUUCGGUUAGUUCAGUUACCAGCGAUAAGGCGUCACAGUUGGACGGGUUUUCUACCGGAGACAUCAUUUUGGCAACCACACUUCACCACCAUGCCACCACCACCCCACGAUCAUUGCGGAGGACCACCUCAUCGUCGUGGACCCGUGAUUAAGGUCCAGAUCGCACCCACAUGGCCACGCCGCCAUCACCGUCCUCCACCCCAAGUUGUGGUGGUGCAGCAGCAAGCUCCGCCACCGCCACCAGUUAUGGUGGUGCAACAGGCUCCACCACCACCGUACUACCAAAAUCCACCACCACCGCCCGCCAGCAACCACUACCACAAUCCACAGUAUUGAGAAGGAACUUUGAUCUGCCAACUCCUUUACAAUGAAUUUAUAUUACGUAACCUUACUUACCACAUAUGUGUCCUCCAUAAAGUAAAACACAAUAAACAAAGAUUAGCGAAU